AUGAUCCUCUCCGAUGAGCAGUCCGACACCAUAGCCAAGGUUGGCAGAGGCGCCUCUGCGCUGUCCAUCCUCGGUGUCGCGACGAUUAUCUUGACUUUUAGUCUUUCCAAAAACUUCCGCAACCCGAUGCACCGGUUGAUCUUCAUCAAUGCUUUUUAUAAUUUGUUCGACUUUAUCGCGACAAUGAUUUCGGUAAGCGGGCCGAACGCUGGGGAUGCGUCUGCCCUGUGCCGUUUCCAGGCCUUUUCGCUGCAAAUGUUUCCAAUCGCAGAUGUCUUUUGGACGCUUGCGAUGGCUUACGACGUCUUUCUUAUCGUUUUUUACCGUUACGAUGCGGAAGACCUUAAAAGACUUGAGAUCAAAUUCAUUACGAUAAUUACACCCUUGGUCUUUGUCCCUGCACUCGUGUUUCUCUUCAUCAGCACGCCGGAAAAGGGACCCAUGUAUGGAAGCGAGACAAUUUGGUGCUCUAUAUCCCCCGAAUGGGUGCUUUUCCGGAUCAUUUUCUACUACGGACCUGUCUGGCUAUUGAUAUUUUUCGCAAUGAUUCUCUAUUGCCUGGUCGGAAUCCAAGUCUUCAAGUUGAAAAAAAAGUUCAAUAUUGCACAAACCGACCAUAUCCAACUAUCUUCAGUCACAACCAAGGAAAAUGAAUCGGACAGGAGGACCUCUGAUGCCUCUCAAGCCGAGGAACUUGGCAUCCAUGCCAAGUCCGGUCACAUUCUUGAAUCACAGGAAGAGCCUGUCCUCUUCGUCCCGCGGGUCAGCCACCAGCAGACAGCUAUCUCGUUCAGGCACUUCGUCUUGAUGCCUCUAAUAUUCUUCCUUGUUCUAUUAUCAACUUGGGUGGCACCUACAAUAAAUCGCGUAUCGGCGUUCGUUCGCCAGGACCAAACAUCGUAUCCCCUUCUCAUAGCAGUGGUUGCAACGGGGUCACUACGAGGGUUUUGGAAUGGAGUUGUCUUCCUUACCAUUGGGAUGAAAGGGCGAAAACGGAAUGAGAAAUUG